CCCCCGUCCAGCCCGCGCCUCCUCACGCCCUUCCUCAGCCUCCCUUUCCCUUUAAACUCGAGCUUUUGCCCCCGCCCUCGGCACGCGGCCUCGCUUUCCUGCGGCCGCGCGCAAGCGCGCUCCUCCCUUUUCUCCCUCGCUCCUGGUUUCUCAGCGAUUUUUCUUCCUCCGUCAUUCUGCAAAGCCAGCGAGCCAAAGCGCGCUUCUCCUUCCCUUCCCUCCCCCCGCUUCCAACCCCGAACUCCUGGCUCAAUUGGGCCAGUCAGGAGCGCGCGUCCGCGCGGCGGGUUUACUUUUCUUCAGGCGUAGGCGGUGGAAGCAGCUGGAGAAGUCACCGCCGAGGGAGGGUGGAAGGAAGAGUGGCGGGCGCGCAUGUCUCAGUGACCGGCCCUGAAGAGGAACUCCCCACCCCCUCACCCCUUGCUGGGCGCCCCCCUCCCGAUAAGGAUUGACACGCAGCCUACUGAAGCUGGAGAGAGACCCGCGCCUGCCCUUCCUCCCACAGAAUCUACAAUGUCCACUGAAGGGCAAAGAGUUGAUGAUAGUCCAAGCACUAGCGGAGGCAGCUCUGAUGGAGAUCAGCGGGAAGGUGUUCAACAAGAUCAAGAAAGAGAACAGGUUCAGCCCAAGAAAAAGGAGGGCAAAAUCUCUAGCAAAACGGCUGCUAAACUUUCAACUAGUGCUAAAAGAAUUCAGAAAGAACUUGCAGAAAUUACAUUAGACCCUCCUCCAAACUGUAGUGCUGGACCAAAGGGAGACAACAUUUAUGAAUGGAGAUCAACUAUACUUGGGCCUCCAGGUUCUGUGUACGAGGGAGGAGUUUUUUUCCUUGAUAUUACCUUCUCUCCAGACUAUCCCUUUAAACCACCUAAGGUUACAUUUCGGACAAGAAUUUAUCAUUGUAAUAUUAACAGUCAAGGAGUGAUUUGCUUGGAUAUUUUAAAAGACAACUGGAGUCCAGCUUUAACCAUAUCUAAGGUCCUUCUUUCCAUCUGUUCACUUCUUACAGACUGCAACCCUGCUGAUCCUCUGGUGGGAAGUAUUGCUACUCAGUAUAUGACAAACAGAGCAGAGCAUGACCGAAUGGCGAGACAGUGGACCAAGAGAUAUGCUACAUAGGAAUCUUCUGUAGAACAUGCUGGACCUGUGCAAGCACAUUCACCAAGUGCAUCAAUAGCCCUCCCCCUCUUAUUUUUAUUAUGUUUUGAAGCAUUUUGUGACAACGUUGACUACCCUCCCCCUUUCCCAUUUAUUUUUAUUAUUUUAUUUUUCUGUUCAACUUGAAAAUUGUAUCUAAAAUAUAGAUUGGGAAUUUUGGGUUACAGUGCAAGGAAUGUUGGGUCUGUAAUAGUAUAGAGCUUUGUCACAAAGCUUUGUAUAAUGUAUUUUUUCUUUAUUGUGUCUUCGGGGAAAAACAAGCAAACUCAGAAUUAUAUCUUGUUUCUACUUAAAUGUAGUGUUUAGGGUUAUUUUUUUGUACUGAAGUCUCUAAUGGUGGGUGCAUGUUAAUGGGAACAGGUUUUGUAUAAAAAAGCAUAAAACUAAGAAUCACUGUGCAUUACUAAGACUGUGUUUUAACACUAGCCUGCUGUUUCCCAAACACUAAGCUGCUGGGUUGAACCAGAUGAUAUGUAUUUUGAUUUACUUAAAAGAAAGUGCUUGUAAAUUUCUUAGGGACCUGCCACCUUUGACUGUGGAUCAGUUGAUGUACACUUGUAUUAUUAAAGCACUCAAUAAAACACUGUGGUUGAUAACAUGCACUUCUUGUAAUGCAGUGCUUUUGCUCCUUGUGUAGUGGACCCAUGUCAGCUCUGCAUGUUUCUGAACCUGCAUAUAAACUAAAGAGUCUGCCGUU